GCUGCUGCUAAGGAGCUGAGCUCAGUGGCUGUGAGCAUCUCGGUCCAGUGUCCCCCCCAUCCUGGCUCGUCAUAUGAUUUCUCCUAAGGGAUAACCACUGAGCGGGACCUCGUCUCCAAGCUGAUCCUUUGCUGAUAAGCCAGCUGCCAAGUCUCCAGCGCUAAGACGAAACAGUUUUUCUCUUCCCAGCAGGUUUUUCUGCUGUGAAUGACAGAGGAAGGGGGAAAAGUGAGCUGCUUGGCAAUCCUCGUGGGCAAGAGGCUUUGGGGGCUCCUUCCCCCUCCCUGUGCUGGCAGACCAUGGAGCUUUUCAGGCUGAGCCUAGGCUGUAUUUGCCUCCUUCCUUGGCUUGAGGUAGCAGAGGGACAAGGCUUCGUCAUAAGGAACACCCGUCUGGAAAAGUGCAUUCACGUCUCCCACCACGAGGCCAACGGCAUCAGCCUGACUGACUGCAAAGUGCACUCCCAGCAGCAGCAGUGGAGCUGGGACCGUGCCACCAGGACCAUCAUCAGCCUUCCAACGAAGCAGUGCUUGUCGGCCCACAAGACACGGGAGUAUGCCCUGGUCAAGCUGGAGCCCUGCGGGGACUGGGAACGCCAAGCGUGGUCCUGCAGCAAGAAGGGACACUUGACUCUGCAGAGCUUGGGCUUCCACCUCAGCACCAAGGAAGGAGGCCACAAGGUCUUUGUUUCAAGGGAGAAGGACAAAUUCAGCAGGUGGAAGACUUUAGCGGAUGAAACCAUCUGUGCCGCUGCCCAGACAGCAGCUCCGAGGCCCAGCAAACCAACGCAAGAAGCUGUAGACACGUGGGUGUGGAGCUAUGAAACUAAAACCAUCCAUUCAUCAAAGAUUGAUGCUGUGGACAGAGAAUCUUCUGUGGGCUUGACUGACCCACCUCUGGCUAACAAAUUUAACAGCACAGUGUCUCCAGUGAAGACUAAACAGGCAUACUUCCCAGCAAACGAGGAUGUGUCCCACAAUCACUCUAAAAAGCACCACGGAAAUCGAGGCAAAAAUGCUGGGGCCAGGCUUGCAGGCACCAACUGGAAGACGGCCAUGCUGGUCCUCAGCCCCUUGGCAUUCAUACUGGGAUUAAUAAUACUGACACUCAAUGUUCAUUACAACAAGAAGAAGAAAAUCCUCUCUGCUCUGAAGAGCUCUCCAGCCAACAGCAGCAGGGCUGACUUACGGGAGCCGUCUCCCUUACAAAGAGGUUCCCAGCCGUACCUUCCGCCAUCUCGCUCCCCUUCCUUGAGGCGUGGAGAGAUCCUCAUUGAGUGGAAAGACGGGACUGUCACCCCUCUUUUUGAUAAUGCCAAUUAUCAAAUGGACUAGCUCCGAAAUAGCGGAGCUGUUGUUCCAUCCUGUGUCACUCUUCCCACCAGGAAGAGUGCCACCAUAGCCAAUCUCCUCCCUAGCCUUGCUGUUUUGACAGGGAGUUGUAAGCACUGUGUGGGUUUUUUUUUAACACUUGAGAACAAUCUCCUUGCACAGCACGAGGUUGAAGCAAGCAGAGCAGGUUGUUUGGUUUGUAUAGGCACACGCUGCUUAGCUCUUCCAGAGCUGAUUUAACCCGUAACAAACCCCAGAUUUAGCUAAAUGAAGCAGAGACUCUCGCCAGCUGCAACUGUCCACUGCCCUGAAAUUCUAGAGUUACUGAGCAGAUGAGAAAGUAAAUCCUUGGAGACAAAGUGUAAGAUGUAAACCAAAAGUCCUGAUGAUCCUUAAAUCUUUUUUAACAUCAAAGUAGCUGCCAACAGACACAGAAGGCUGUCAGUUACUUUGUCAAUGUGAGAACAUAACUAAUAAGCACUGCCUUCAGGACUCAAAAGAUUAAAGUCUCCUCCAGAUAUCUGCCAAAAUACUCUCCCCACUAAGUUAUCAAUUAAGUAACAGCAAGUAAUUUUUCCAACUUAAAGAGUAGCACUCUGUCGUCCUCUCUGCAUCACUGCAAGGGUCCUGCUGAGAGAGUAUGUGUUUCUCAAAAUUUUCCCAUAUUAUAGGAUGUAUUAGACCUUAUUAUAACUCACAUUCUCUUUGUUUAUAUAGAAUGAUAAGUAACAGCGGUGAUGCUUGUCAGGGAUAUUACAUUAUCCAGCCGUUUUAUACCAGCAUCAGUCUCUGAUUUCCUAUAGUCAUGUGGAAUAGUCAAUGAACAGAUACACUGCUCCACUCCAGAGCAGUAAUACAUUUUUUUUCUAGAAAGGAGUAAGGCAGUUUUCAGCCUUUACACUUCUUGUUUGGGGAUAAUUACCUGUGACUGUCACACUCAAUCCUGAUCUUUUCUCAGUGAAACUUGAAAUGUCUUAGUGCUUUCCUACUAUUCAUGAAUUUAUGCUUCCUUCUCUCUGAUCUCGUGAUGAUGUAAACCAUAAUCACAGCUAUAAAUCAGGAACUAUUUGGAGAAACAAACACUAACACCAGGAAAUCGCAAAUAUAAGCUGCAUCAGUAUAUUUGUUCAGUAGAGCAAGGGAAACCAUAUCCUAACCUAUCUCUUACUCAGACUUAAACAAGACUUUUCACUUUACCUAAAUUAAGCUUGGACUUCUCUAGAGUUUGACUUUACUUAACCUAAGGCAAAAGUAAGGUCUCUAAGGAAUUUAAAGUCUCUGAUUUUUUAUAUUUUUUUAAUUUUUUCUUUUUAAACAUAGUUUAAAAGUAAAAAGUUAACUGCCACAAGAUAUUAUUAUGACCGAGAACUUAGCUGGUCUCCAGAAAGAAAAUACAAACCUUAUUGGUCCAGGGCAUAAAAAUCAUAAAUUUUCAAAAUAAAUGUCUUCCCCAGGCAGAUUAUUCUGCAAUUAUUUACUGGAGGGCUUCCCACAUGCUCCUUGGGAAACUAUUUUACUACCAGACAUGGGCAGAGGAAUAACUCUUUCUUCACCAGUGAGCAGUGAACAUAAACAACAGAAUCAGAAUUAAAUUCUGACUUUCCAAUGUUUCCACUUCAAAACAAAUCCAAAUACUUUUUAGGUCAAGUUUCCAAAUGCAUAAGCAUCAUUUUACACACAAAAUUUGUGGGAAUACAUUCUGUACACAAAUCGCUCAAAAUGCACGUGCAGUGCCUCACCAAUUAUCACAGUUACAUCCCUUGUACCUUUUUCUACAACAAUUAAGAUGCCCGCCUUUGAAAUUUUGUCCAAGGAGCACAUCACCUUACAACGCAUAGCACUUGUUACCCUCCAAAACCUUGACACACUUUGGGAACACGAUGUAUGCAGUGCCAUUAAAAUGCAAAUACUUAUUUGGAGUUCAGCUAAUGUUGUGCUUUCCAAAGCAGCAAGCGCUUAUGUUCACUACUGCUGAAUGGGCAGAACAGAUGACUUGUUAAUGACUCUCCAUAAUUCAUACUUAAUAUGCUAAUCUUGCUUAUAAACAUGAAGGCAGUAACACCAUUGUUUACACAGCACCGAUUAAAUGGUAGCUCAAACAAUAAUGAAAAAAUAAAACUGUGAACCAGCACAGGCUUUUAACUAUCUUCUCCCCCUCUCUUUCGCUGGUUGUUAUCUUUCAGUUGUUUCUCGCUGGUUUACCUGCAUUAGAUGCUAGAGACCAAAUUUUCCAAGGUAUGGACAGAGGAGCGGAAGAUGCCUAUCAGGAAAGACUCCAAAAUAGCUGAUUCUGCCUUGGGGCUGGAGCAGGUGACAGUGGGAGACACCUUCCAUCCUCUGCUUCUAAAGCUAUCUGAGAAACAGAGAAAUCGCACAACCUAUGUGCUCUUCACUCUCUACCAUCACCUGAAUGCAAUACUUGUAAACAGUCUUCAUAAUCAAAAUAAAACCUGACUGUAAAGUGGAGGA